AUGUCGAUGUGUUUUAGCUUGAUAAAUGUGAUUGGGUUGUUCAUCAAUGAUAGCUUCUACGUAGAAUAUAAUUUGAGAGAGAUCCGAAAACUCGUCCAGAACAAGACCCCACUUCGACAGAAGCUGCUGGUCCAUCCGAUCUUCCCUCUAGCAGUUCGACUGUUCCUGCGGCUGCUAGCCCUUCCUGCCUUCCACCUAGUGGUGUUUGGCACUCUUGUGGAUGUCGGUCGCAAAUAUGGACCGAUUCGAGAAGAAGUUGAGAUGUUACUAUGCCGUAUAUCGCUUGAGAAUGAAAAAGGCACGGAAAAGCUUUGCGACCUUGUCAUGAAAGGAAAAAUUAGUGGCACUGUGCUGGCACGAUCACUUAACACAUUCCCAGAUUCGUUCUGGCAGCUGAAAUUCCGCGGACUACUGAAGAGCGCAAUGAAAUUCAACGAUCACGACACGACUCUUGCUGCUUUGACCAUCAUUGAUAAAUGUCUUGUCGACGCAAAACCGAUCAGAAAGAGGAUCUACAGAAAGUUACAGCAGAGGAGGCGUGGCAUUAAGACCGAUGCAUCGAUGAGUGUGCUUGAUCGUCGGCGUGUGCAAAUCGCCAAUCGACAUCUCGACUCAUGUGCUACCUUUGGUGAUUGGUUAGAAGGGAAAUUGAAUGUGUACGAUUGUGAGGCACCUCCAGAGAAGAAACCAAGAAAUGAUACACAUACGAGCGGCACAGCUAAGGAACAUGACGCUUGGAUGUGGCGUUGCUUGUUCUCGCCUUGGAUGGCAGUGCGUGCAGCAGCUGCUAAAAUCAUAGUUGCCGUAGUUGCACAACCGGGUCACUUGGGCGCUGCUGUGUCAGUGAUUUUACGAGGCCUCCCUCUUGCAUCAGUCGCACCUGAGGCAAUGACGGAUCAUUUCUUCCGUGCUGCGCAUGUCAUAAUGAGCGGUGGUCCGGGCAUCAAAGCUCGGCUCUACUCGGAGGGGCUUCAUGUCUGGUUGAUAAAAGUCAUCUUCAAGGAAUGCAAAAGGAUGCAUGAAGAGGAACAGCAAGAAACAAGCAUGGACCAUUCCUUCGGAACCCUUCUACAACUGCUUUGUUUGCUGCUGACAGGAAGUGGCAUAGAAUCUCUGAAGUUGAAGGCAGCUAGAGAUCACAUCUUGGUACCACUGCUGCAGUUGGAUUCUCAUGCAAAUCAGAUGUACAUUAGUGAUAACUUGCGCUUUGACGUUGGUAUCCCUAGCGACUACUUCGAAAUCCACUAUGCGUCCAAAAAUCAUUUGAAGUGA